CCCAAAAUUAAUCCCAAACCAGCCCAAGCCCUGCGACCUUCUUGUGCGAACUGGCGGAAGUUUGGAAGCAGCAGAACUGCGAAGCACGGACGUCGAAGAGGAAGUAGCGGAGCUGCGAAACCGACCUGAGGCCACCAGAUGCGCCGCCUCCCGCCGUCCACGCUCCAGUUCCCUGAGUCAGCCAUCUUCCCUCUCCGGCUCUCCGAGUGACCGAGUCCGACUCUCCCCUCUGCGGCUGCCUCCAGUUCCAGGCCCACGUUGAUGUUCACUAAACGGGGAGGCUAAAAUCUGCACAGGACUCCAGUCUGAGAAUGUCCUCUUCGGAAAGAGAGGAGCCUUAUUAUCCUUCAUACGGCAGAGGAGCUCAGCCCCCGGUUUGCAGGAGACCGUGACUGAAGGGGCUCCGGAUUUGAGCAGUGUCUACGAAGCCUCACCGCCAGAGGAUUGGAAGAGGGAACCCUUCAAUCGCGUCUAACUCCGGCGAGGGGAAUUUCCAAUACGCAAUAGGCAACUGACUCUCCCCGCUACAAAGGGAAGACGCCUCGAUCGCCGCCAGCGUGCCAACCCCCCCACCGCGCCUCCGCGCUCGCAGCCUCCAUCCUCUAGCGAAACCCUCAGUAAUGGCAGCUACGGUGGAGACUCCGAAGGGUGAUGUCAAGCCGGUGAUUGUUAGGGUUAAGAGAAAGGCAACACAGUCUCGUCUCGAUGCUUUCUGGCUUGAAAUCAAUGAGAGACCAUUCAAGCGGCCAUUGAUUGACUUUGAGAAGCUAUCAGUUUCUGAUUCCAGUUCUUCCAAAGAGGAAUUGAAGACAAAAAAGGUUUUUGUUCAACAUGUUGAGACUGUAAUUAGCUCAGAAGUCACUGCUGAUCUUGUGCUGUCUUUUGUGUGCGACUCGACUAGUUCUUCAAUAGUCAAAGAGAAAAUUGAGGGAAGAAGACACACAUUCAAGGCUGACAAUCAUGUGCAAAGGCAAGGACAACUUCUUACAAAAGCUAAACAAAAACAAGUGGAUUUGUCAAAAAAUGCUCGUUUUGAGCAAAUAUGGAAAAGCAGGCGAGGAAAGGAUUAUAUGCACGAUGAUGCACUCAAUGAGGUGUGCCGACUGUAUAAUGUUGUUCGUGUUGAUACACAUGAAAAUCCUCAUAAAUUCCCUGAAGGAGAUGAGGAGUUGGAAGAUCAUAGAAUGAUGUCACAGUAUUUGCCGCUUUUAAGAGAAUGCAUGCCAAGUGCUGCUGAGGAAAUUGAGUCUGAUAUGCACGACUAUAUCUCCAAAAGAGCAUCUUCAGAUGGGUAUGUCUAUGAUUUCUAUGCCAUAAAGGAUGGUGUUGACACCAUGGAAGAAACCACUAACCAUUUUCCUCUGGUUCGAGUUGAUGAUGAGGAUGACUUCUACGACGGUCCAGAUGAUCCAGAAUAUGAAACUGACGAUUCUAACGAUGAAAACAACCCACGGAAUGAUUACCCUGAAGAAAACUCAUCUGGGGAAGAGGGUGAAAGUGGAACUCAAUCCUCAAAUGAAGACCAGUCAGAUGCUGAGAGCGAAUCUUCCUCUGAUGAAAGCGGAGAUGAUAUAUCUUCUCAUAAUGGAGAGGGUUUGGAUUGCCGUGACUUGUCAGGUGAUGGGGAUCUGUUUCUUGAAGAUGAUAUGUGUAGCGUUGAUGAUGGUGAAUUGUAUGAUUAUGAAGAUCUUGAUGAGGAAGAAGAUUAGUGGUGAUUUCAGAAUUAAGCGUGUUCUUGUAGGUAGGUACGCAUAUCUAUUCGUAGUUUUAAGUUUUAACUAUACAUUAUCAUGUACAAUAUUGAAUUGUGCUCUGGCUUCCCUUUCCAUUAAUUCAUGCAUUGUGGUUAAUUGAUUAUAGAACAGUUGAUUCCUACUUUUCCCCCGAUCAGUUAGUUCCACGUCCGAUUCCAGAACCACAACUUCCGAUCUAAAAUCUAAAUCGGGAAGGAUGUCCACCCCAAUAUUGUCGUGUGCUUGAGGUCAUUUUGUUUAAAAAUGUGCUUUUGAAUCUAAAUCGGGAAGGAUGUCCACCCCAAUAUUGUCGUGUGCUUGAGGUCAUUUUGUUUAGAAAUGUGCUUUUGAUAAAUGAGGAAUAGAAAAUCAUUUAUGCUUGGUUGUACGGAGUCGGGUAUUCAGUAG